GUUUAUGGCCUCCAAGAUUGUAGGCGAGGCAGCUCGGAUAUUGGGUGAUGUGGACAGUGAUGGCAUAUGGGGUCCUGUCACAGCGACGUUGGAUUGGUGUGAGGCUAAUUAUCAAUUCUCGCAUUAUAUUGCCGAGAUGGCAAACUCCCUUUCCAAUCUCAUCACUGUGUGGUUUGCCGUCAAAGGUGCGAGACAAACGAGCCGGUACGAUCUUCCUCGACGGUAUCAGUUUUACUGGGCGGGUCUUCUCCUAGUAGGCCUCGGGUCAUUUGCCUUUCACGCCACCCUACUCUAUGGUCCCCAACUGGCAGACGAACUCCCCAUGAUCUAUGUCGCCUCAUGGAGUUGUUUCCUUCUUUACGACACGCAGCCUGGAUUUAAUCUGCGCAAUCGACGGAGUACGACUUUAUUAUUCGCCAUGGCUGCAUUCGAUAUCCUCUUCACCGCGAGCUAUUUCGUAUACAGAAACCCUAUAUACCAUCAGUUCAUCUUCGCAUGCACGAUCCUCACCACGGCUGGACGCGUCACCUAUCUUGUCCACAGCUCUUCAGAGCAGACGACCAAGAUUCCCGCCCACACCAAACAGACUGUCUUGAAGAUGUUCUGGACUGGCGCGGCAAUGUUCUCGCUUGCAUUCAUCAUCUGGAACCUCGACAAUGUGUUUUGCGGGACCUUGACACAAUGGAAACGCAAGGUCGGAUGGCCAUUUGCUUUUUUACUUGAAGGCCAUUCUUGGUGGCACGCUCUAACCGCUUCUGGAGUGUACCUCAUGAUGGAAGGUGUCAUAUAUAUGACGCUAUUAGUCAAGGACAAUCAUCAGAAGUACGGACUGGAGUAUACACGGGUGGGUUGGCCUUACGUUGUACGCAUUCCUUCCGGAAGCGUGGAUGGAAAACCUCAAAAGAGGUAAUGCCCUAUUUUCGGCUCGAUAUACUUAGAACCUAUACGGUUGGUGUGGCUUCUUGAGGAGACCUGCGAAGGCAAUGGUAACACACGUACCGUGCCCAUGGCAGAUGAGUUGUAAUCGAAGUGACUGAGAUAAUGUACGGGUUAUAUCGCUUUCCGCCCUCCAGUACAUACUGUGUCUGUGCCC